CUUAUAUUUACGUUUAUUUAAAAGUAGUGUGGAUAUAUUGUAAAUAUUAGUGCCUUUCAUUUAAGUCUACUGGUGUACUUAUAACGCCGUUUUUAGUUUAGUAAAAAUGGCAAAAUCUCAAAUAAAUACAAAAUCAAGAGAUUAUUUAAGGGAUAAAGAAGUAUUUUUGAAGGAAUUAAAACAGUUUAAUGAGAGCAAAAACAUACCAUACAAAAUACCAGUUGUUAACGGCAUCGAUAUAGAUUUAUAUCUUUUAUAUUCAUUAGUUCAACAGCGAGGUGGUUUGAGUAAGGUAAACCAAAAUGAUACAUGGGAAUCAUUUCUACGACAAUUAAGAUUGCCCCAUCCUUGUGUUAACGGAUCUACAUUAUUGAGAAGAAUAUAUGGGACAUAUUUGGAGAAAUAUGAAAGAGCUAAGGGUCCACCUGGAAGGGAUGAUGACAAUGACCUUGAUGAAGAUCCUAGGAGAACUAGAGGUGGAGGGAUGCCAAGGAUUUCAUUUGGAGGUGGUACAUAUAUUUCAGCAUCCGGUGAACCUUUACGUACAGGAAAUCGUGUGGCUGGCCCUUCGGAACGACUUACUCUAUCGCUUUUAUCACCGAUGCCGAAUGAACAAGAUUUUGCAGUGAAUGUCUGCACAGUACUUGCCGCCGAUCAUUCGAAUCGUUUGCCUUUGAGCACAACUACUCACAUAUUGGACUUUUUACUUGCCCAUGCUGGUGUAUACAAUCAUUCGAGUCUCCGAGAUACAAUCGGUAGAUCAUAUUAUGAGGCUCGUGGUCGAUACCCUCAUGAGUUCUGGCAAUUAAGAGCUGGAGGUGGUGGUGCUAAAGAGUUAGCUGAUGAGACCAAGUUCAUGCAGCCAGGGUUGGAACAGCCUGAGCUGAUGGUUCAGGCUCUCGCUGCUCAUAAUACUUUGACUGACUGUCUGAUGCAGGGCGGUGAAGAAGAAGAGAGCUUGGAAAAGAUUAUAGAGGAUGAUAUUCAUGAAGAUUGGGUAACAGAACCAUCUGAAGAAGACCAAUUAUUUGCACCGGAAUUGCCCGGCGGUGCAAGUUGUGUUUACACACAGAGAGUAUUGCAGAUUGCAUCUAUAGUGCGAUCACUUUCUUUUCAUGAAGAAAAUAUACAAUAUCUAGCGAGAAACACCACUCUUAUUCGAUUUCUUCUACUAUGUGCUAAUUGCUGGGUUGGUUCACUAAGGCAAAGUGGUCUGGAUACACUUGGAAACAUCUCAACUGAAUUGAUAAUAAAGGAUCCUGCAACGUGUCUCAUAUCUCGACAUGUGCUAUCGACGAUACAGUCGGCGCUUGUAUCACAAGACCGCGCUAGAGUGCUUGCUGCUUUAGAACUGCUUAACAAAUUGUCGCAGAAUGAGGCAAAUGAAGAAGCGCUACUGAAGGCACUUGAAGCGAAGGUGUACAGCGACGUAUGCGCGCUUCUGUCGCUACGAGACAUCAUGGUACUGGUGUGUACGUUGGAGUGCGUGUAUGCGCUGACAUCACUGGGAGACCGCGCGUGCGAGGCAGUGGCCAGAGUGCCCGGCCUGCCGCAUACGCUUGUGGCACUCGUCACUGUCGAGGCGCAAAGCUACGGGCCGCGUGCGUGUAUCUUGAUGCGCGUGGUGGAGACGGUGAGCGGCCCCGCGCAAGCUGAGGAGCGUGCGCAGGCGCAGCCCGCUGCGCAACCAACUACCCCUGCGAAGCCCCCCGAGGCUCCGCAGUCUUCCAGCCCUGCGCCCCCUACACCUACCCCUGCACCUAUGUCGUCACUCCAGCAGUCACACUUGCAGCAGAGGACUGUUCAGGAAAACGAGCACUUCGCGCAAGCAUGGCUUCGCGCUACAUACGAGCCACUACCAGGCAGCGACAACAGCGCGUGCGACGCGGCGGAGCUGUACCGGCAGUACCUCGCCUGCUGCACCAAGCUCUCGCGCAAGGGCGUCAUCGCGCCCGCGCACUUCCCGCGCCUCGUCCGAACCGUCUUCGGUGGUACAGUAGGACCAAACACCAUUAGUACUGCGUCCGGGGAGACACAACACGUCUAUAUCGGUAUACGAGCUAAGAAUAUGCCGAAUAGAACUAACCCUCCUGUUGGACCUUCGUCACCAAUUCUGAAAGCGCAGUUGACUAAUAAAACGACUGUAGUUGAAACAAAACCACCAGUCGUCCAGGCGCAGGUAAUCUUUUGUUUUGAUGUAUCAUUUCUUUUUUUCUUUAAAUAUUUCCGUUUAUGGAUUAAAUUUAUGUUUUAUUCAUUUUCGCCCGGCGCGCCCGAGCCCGCCAGCAGCACGUCGCUCAUCAAGCACCUGCUGGCGCACAAAGUAAGCCCGCCCGCGCACGCGCACGCGCAAGACCUAAUGCAGGUGUUGAAUGAUCAAGUGAUAGACACUGAUUUACAAAAUCUGGUUGCACAAAGACAACAAAGUCAACAGCGAGUUUUACCAGCAGCAGGCACCGUUGUUGUUCAACAAAAUCCACCCACAAGUAUGGAAGUUGAUCCUGAAGCUUUGAUUAAGUGUACAACGAUCAUACCAGGCGGUGUUGCCAGCAAUACGGUUCAAGGCGAGAAGACACUAAUUCAUUCCUUAAAUAUAUCUAUGUGUCUAAAUAAUAAUAAUUUAAUUUUUUAUUGUUCACAGUUAGUUAUAAAUGCUGGAGAAGAAGUCGUAGUUCCAAAGGAAGAACCUGUACAAAUACAGAUCGAUGAACAGGCACAAUUGACAAUCAAGAGCGCGCAAAAUAAAAUGUUAGCUGAUCUACUCGAGAAAAAAUCGAAUCCACCGGUACAAGUAGUACAAAUGGGACAGCAAAUUAACGCUCCAACAAUACAAAUAACAGAAUCAGGACAAAUAGUACAAGUCAAAACUGAAAACAAUCCUCUAAUACAAAUAAAUUCAGACACCGUGCAACAGACCGCCCCAUUCUUUCAAAUAAAGAACGACCAGGGUCAACUGAUACAGAUUAAAAACGACCAAGGCCAGAUUAUACAACUGAAAAGCGAUCAGUUGCAAGGUUUAAUACAAUUUAAGAACGAUCAAGGUCAAAUAGUACAGAUAAAAAAUGACGGGCAAAAUAUUGCACAGAUUAUACAGCAGAGUGUCAUUCAAGGAAAAAGUGAAAAGGAGCAAAUCGUUGAGACGGUUGUAACUGAUCAUUCUUACACUGAACCACCGCCUAAGAAGAUGAAAGUCGAAGAGAAACCUGAGAACAAUUCUCCCCAAGAGAGUGUGUCUAAAACUGCCGCUAAUCUGUACGCUGCUUUAGCGGCGUCCGCCCUAGAAGAUGAAGAUGAUUUGCUGCCCCCAAAACAAGCCACAGUGGAAGUAAUACAGGCUCCGGUUCUGGUUGCGGGCGCGUCUGACAACCAAUCGGUUAUUAUUCAAGAACCGAUAUUGCAAGUACAACAACCCACGAUUCAAGUCCAGCAACCAAUACAAGUGCCACAGCAAACUUUGCAAAUGCAACAGCCAACUCUACAAGUUCAGCAACCGAUGCUGCAAGUGCAACCGAUGGAUGUCCAAAAUAUAAUCGCAUCGCAAUCGGGACAGUUAAUAUUACAAGAAAAACCUGUAACAUCACAAACAACACAAUUUAUGCAACAGCCUAUGCAGAUUAUUGCGACACCUGGUACUUCGCAAGCUGGUCUCAGUUACAUAGCACAGAAUAUACCUGGCAAUAUGAUGCAAAAGACAAUUAUCAUAGUACAGGGACCCACAGGAGGCGGACCUUUGACUCUCACGGUAAACAACCCUUCCGGCCUGGACGAGGCGACGCUAAACACCCUUAUUGCUCAAGCAACAGAGGCGAUAACUCAACAGCAAAUUAUUCAGAAUUCGGGUGUGAUACAGUCGACUCAAAGGGUGAUAGUCAGUCAGCCAACUCUUGUGAGCACGUCACAGCCCAUAGCCGUUGUUAAGACCACAAUAACACAGAACACUCCACAAAUAACGCCGAGUCAGCAACCAAUAAUAACAACCCAACCACAACCUCACAAAGCACAAAUCGUGAACCAAGCGCCCACACAACAAAUAGUGGUCACACAGAAACAGCCCCCCGCUUUAAUAAGCACAUCAUCGGGCAACCCAAUAGUGGGAAGCAACCAGAUAAUACAAGGGAAUCAGCAACUGUUGCAAGGCAACCAGCAGAUAAUAGCGGUUUCCAACAACCAGCAGAUAAUAGUGAAUACGCCAAUGAAACAAGCGGUCGUGCAACAUAGGGUUGUCCAGCAACCACAGAGGAGUCAAGUAACCACAGUGCCAAUUUCUAGUAUCCAGACAUCUUCGACUAUUAGUGAAACUAAAACUGUUCCUGUUCAAAGUGUAGCGAAACCUCAGCAACCUGUCAUACGACAGGUUAUCACGCGGCAACCUGUCAUGGUGGGAAAUACGAAGAUAGGUGACAAAGAGGUAUUUGUCACGCAACCUGUAGUUGAGAAAACACCCGUAGUACCCAAGAAGACGGUGACUCCUCCGCCCACACCGUUACCUCAAGGCGCUGAGGAUACUCCUUGGAUUUGUCACUGGAGAGGAUGCGGCAAAUCGUUCGCGAACGCAGGCGAGGUGUUCACGCACGCGGCGCGCUCGCACUGCCCCGGCGCGGCGGGCGGCGAGGCGCCGUGCCUGUGGCUGGACUGCGACCGCGUGCCGCGCCGCACCUUCGCGCUGCUCAACCACCUCACCGACAAGCACUGCACGCCGCACGCGUUAAAGGCGAUAUACAAUUCGCGUAGGCAUACAGUGGUCGAGUCGGAAGCCGGGAAACCGGUGUCCCUCGGAUACCCUCCCAACGCAGCCUUAGCGGCUCUCAACAAACACGCAGCUGAUAUGUUUAAUCCAAGGGAACUAAUGGUGAGUUAUCACCGCGCCGAUGUGAGUCGCACUCCGGACCAAAUGGAUGAAAACGAAGGACCAGUCACGAAAAGUAUACGUCUUACUGCGGCACUCAUAUUGAGGAAUAUAGUUAUUUACUCGAACACAGGUCGAAGACUACUCCGUUCAUACGAAGCCCACCUAGCGUCUAUAGCGCUGAGUAACGUCGAAGCUUCCAGAACAAUCGCGCAAGUUCUAUACGACAUGAACAAUAUUUGA